ACAAGUGAGCCAAAUUUCACUCAAAAUUUUGGAUUCACCUCUGGUUUUUGGGUCAAUAUUCAUAAUUUUGCUAGACAGAGGCAUCAGGCAUCCCGGAUGUCCAAAAUGUUUGGAUUGCUGGGAUCAGGCCUCAAAAAAGCCAAUUUUUUGUUGGACAACAUAGAUCAGGCCUUUAAAGACACAAUUUUGUUAGAGUCUAUAUUAGAAUAUCAUUUUUGA